ACAGUGUCAGACUCCAUUCCUCCUCCCCCUGAGAGCUGCGUCUUCUAGCUGCCCUGCCCUCCCCUUUAAAGGGCGACCUGCCCUGCGCCUGCCGCCGCCCCAGCCGUCUCCCUCCUCGGCUCAGCCCCGCGGUCAGUCGGUCCGCGCGCACGUCGGCGCCGCGCAGCUCUCACAGAAGAACGCAGCCGAGAUGGCGAGCAAAGCUCUGCUCCUGGUGGCCCUGGGCGUGUGGCUCCAGAGUCUGGCCGCCUUCCGCGGAGGGGUGGCCACCGCCGACCGAGUUGCAGGAGGAAGAGAUUUCAUGGACAUCGAAAGUAAAUUUGCCCUCAGGACCCCUGAAGACACAGCCGAAGACACAUGCCAUCUUAUUCCUGGGGUUGCAGAGUCUGUAGCUAACUGCCACUUCAACCACAGCAGCAAAACCUUCGUGGUGAUCCAUGGCUGGACGGUGACCGGGAUGUACGAGAGUUGGGUGCCGAAGCUGGUGGCCGCCCUGUACAAGCGGGAGCCUGACUCUAACGUGGUGGUGGUGGACUGGCUGUCGCGGGCCCAGCAGCAUUACCCAGUGUCUGCCGGCUACACCAAGCUCGUGGGGAAGGACGUGGCCAGGUUCAUCAACUGGAUGGAGGAGGAAUUUAACUACCCACUGGAUAAUGUCCAUCUCUUAGGAUACAGUCUUGGAGCCCACGCUGCUGGUGUGGCAGGAAGUCUGACCAAUAAGAAGGUGAACAGGAUCACCGGCCUCGAUCCUGCCGGACCUAACUUUGAGUAUGCAGAAGCCCCAAGUCGCCUUUCUCCCGAUGAUGCGGAUUUUGUGGAUGUCCUGCACACGUUCACCAGAGGGUCUCCCGGCCGAAGCAUCGGGAUCCAGAAACCAGUGGGGCAUGUUGACAUUUAUCCCAAUGGAGGCACUUUUCAGCCGGGGUGUAACAUUGGGGAGGCCAUCCGUGUGAUUGCAGAGAGAGGCCUCGGAGAUGUGGACCAGCUGGUGAAAUGCUCCCACGAACGCUCCAUCCAUCUCUUCAUCGACUCCCUGUUGAACGAGGAAAGUCCGAGUAAAGCCUACCGGUGCAACUCGAAGGAGGCCUUCGAGAAAGGGCUCUGUCUGAGCUGCAGGAAGAACCGCUGCAACAACUUGGGCUAUGAGAUUAAUAAGGUCCGAGCCAAACGCAGCAGCAAGAUGUACCUGAAGACCCGCGCUCAGAUGCCCUACAAAGUCUUCCACUACCAAGUCAAGAUUCACUUUUCUGGGACUGAGAGUGAUAAGCAGACCAACCAGGCCUUCGAGAUCUCUCUGUAUGGCACCGUGGCUGAGAGCGAGAACAUCCCCUUCACCCUGCCUGAGGUUGCCACGAAUAAGACCUACUCGUUCCUGAUCUACACGGAGGUGGACAUCGGGGAACUUCUGAUGCUGAAGCUCGCGUGGAAGAGUGACUCCUACUUCGGCUGGUCAGACUGGUGGAGCAGCCCCGGCUUUGCUAUUGAGAAGAUCAGAGUAAAAGCAGGAGAGACUCAGAAAAAGGUGAUCUUCUGUUCCAGGGAGAAAGUGUCCCGUUUGCAGAAAGGAAAGGCACCAGCGGUUUUUGUGAAGUGCCACGACAAGUCUCUGAACAAGAAGUCUGGCUGAAACUGGGCAAAACAAGAAAAGAAAAAAACAGAAAGAAAAAAGGAGGACAAUGCGCAAAUUCUAUGAAGAAUAAUGAUACUAAUGAAGGGACUUUUACAAAGGAUGCCCAGCAUCGUGGGUUUACUAGUGGAAUUUCCUGAGCAUUCAUCCCAGCUAUAUCCUUGUUAGUUACUUAGGGACGGUCUCUAAAGAGAAUACUAAAACGUGGCUAAUUCCACUCGAGGAAGGUGGCGGCAAACAGCACAGCCUCCCACGCUGAAGACGCAGAUGUGGAAAGCACUGCGUUGUGUCCUUCGAGAAAGCAAUAAAAACUGCUCGCGCCCAUAGUAAAAUAAGGCUCCUUCACGUGGUGUGUCUGGGCAUAACCAAAAUGGGCUAGAAGCCCUUUUUUUCAUGGGAUUCUGGAUUUUCUGGGCUGAGGCCUUCGCAAAGUUUUCUCCACACCUGCACCUAGAACAUGGCUCUGUGUGGCACGAUUCAGACCCAUGUGUUUAGCAGUUAGAAUGUCUGAUUUUUUUUUUUGAAUGGUUCCUAUCUUGCUGUCGCGAUAUGGCUCAAGAUUAAACAAGAGUACAUGGUGCGGAAAGCAGGACGGAGAGCGAGGCUGAUGAAGCCCUGAGCCUCUCAACAGGCCCUGAAAUGUAUUGCUUCAUCUCCCUCUCCCCUCCUUAGUGCUCUCUGUUCAAGACUAUAUUUUAACAAUGUUCUUUGGGUGGGUUUUGAAAAUAAACCUGGAAUCUUUGGCUGACACAGCAUUCGAAUGGUGCAGAUUGACAAUAACACCAUAAUUUUAUGAUCAAAUUUUCCAAAUUCUUUUCAUCAGUUUG